GCUCUCUCAGGCCCCCCUUCCCACGCCCAGUGCGCUGUGGGAUAGUGGCACUAUAAAGUAUAUCCUCUCUCGGAGAAAGAUAAGAAGCCCGAGACGGGAGGGGAUGAAGAUGGCGGACGCCAAGCAAAAAAGGAACGAACAGUUGAAACGGUGGUUAGGGUCGGAGACAGACAUCGAGCCUCCUAUUCUGAAAAAGAAGAAGACGAAGGUGAAGUUCGACGAUGGCGCCGUGUUUUUGGCUGCCUGCUCAAGCGGCGAUACUGAGGAGGUGCUCCGAAUGAUUGACCGGGGUGCUGACAUCAACUACGCCAAUGUAGACGGUCUGACUGCCCUCCACCAGGCAUGCAUAGAUGACAAUGUGGACAUGGUGACGUUCCUGGUGGAGCAUGGGGCUGCCAUCAACCAGCCCGACAAUGAGGGCUGGAUUCCCCUCCAUGCCGCAGCCUCCUGUGGAUACAUGGACAUAGCAGAGUAUCUGAUUGGCCAGGGAGCCAGUGUGGGGGUGGUGAACAGUGAGGGGGAGACACCACUGGACAUCGCUGAGGAGGAGGCCAUGGAGGAGCUCCUGAAGAAUGAGAUCAACCGACAAGGCGUGGACAUCGAGGCAGCCAGGAAGGAGGAGGAGCGGAUCAUGCUGAGGGACGCCCGGCAGUGGCUCAACAGCGGAACCAUCAACGACGUCCGACACGCCAAGUCCGGGGGGACCGCACUCCACGUCGCCGCCGCCAAGGGAUACGCUGAGGUUUUAAAGCUUUUAAUCCAAGCAGGGUAUGAUGUAAAUAUUAAAGACUUUGAUGGCUGGACCCCGCUCCACGCUGCUUCACAUUGGGGCAAAGAGGAGGCCUGCAAGAUACUGGUGGAGAACCUGUGUGACAUGGACCUUAUCAAUAAAGUGGGUCAGACGGCUUUUGAUGUUGCAGAUGAAGAUGUCCUUGGCUACUUAGAGGAAUUACAGAAAAAGCAGAAUCUGCUCAAUAGUGAAAAGAAGGAUGUUAAGAAGUCUCCCUUGAUAGAAACGACGACCACUGGGGACAACAAUCAAAAUCUAAAAUCCAUUAAGAGCAAAGAGACCCUCCUCUUGGAGCCCGAGAAGCCCGCCCCGCGCAUCGAGACCCUGGAACCGGAGAAGGUGGAUGAGGAAGAGGAGGGCAAGAAGGACCAGGAGUCCAGCUGCUCCAGCGAGGAGGAAGAGGAGGAAGACUCGGAGUCUGAGACUGAAGCCGACAAGAACAAGACGCCUGUCCCUAUGAGCAACAGUAACGGCACUACUGUGGUGCCAACGCCGACCAGCGUUACGGUGUCCUCCACCUCCCCAACCAGCCCCACUAACCAGGUGACUCUCACCUCGCCUGUCAAGAAGGUGGCCCAGCAGGUGUCCCCUGCCGGUAAGGUCUCUCCUAAAGAGGUCUCCCCUAAAGAUAAACAGGAGGAUGACAAGACUAAGAAAUCGGACGAGUCCCCGGCGUCGUGGCGCCUGGGCCUGAGGAAGACUGGCAGCUACGGGGCGCUGGCGGAGAUCACAGCCACUAAGGAGGCCCAGAAGGAGAAGGACACGACUGGGGUGAUGCGCUCGGCCUCCAGCCCACGCCUCUCCUCCUCCCUGGACAACAAGGACAAAGAGAAGGAAAAAGACAAAGGAACCAGACUUGCCUACGUUGCCCCCACCAUCCCCAGGAGGCUGGCCAGUACAUCAGACAUUGACGAGAAGGAGAACAGGGACUCUGCUGCUAGUCUGGUACGUAGCGGCUCCUACACCAGGAGACGCUGGGACGAUGAGCUGAAGAACAGUGAAGGAAGCGCUUCCACCAACCGAACAACACCCAGCUAUCAGCGCAGCACGUCCCACACGCUAACGCUAGGGCGGAGCGGCAGCACGCGGGACGUGCCAGCCAAGUCCUCGUCUGCCUCCAGCUUGGACUCUAUCACCUGUAACACUAAACCCUGGCUGUCACCCACCUCCCACUACCAGUCUUACAGCAUUUACCGCAGUGGUUCCUUUGGCAGGAGGCACGAGGACCUGGGUUCGACCACCUCAUCCUCAACUAGCACCACCACCACCUCGUCUGUUACCUCGCCCACCAGCCACCGUGACCGCAGCCUGCUCUCCAGCCAGGGCUCCUCCUCCACCCGCACCGGAUCCUCCAGCCUCACCAGCAGGUACUGGGCAGAGGAGAGUGCGGAGAGGGAAAAGGAGCGGGAGAAGGAGUCUGCGGCAGUCAUCCCUACGAUUAACACUGGUUCUACCACCACCACCACGUCCACUACUGGCACUAUCAUUGGCUCUGACGGCAGGGAGAGACGCAGGUCCGACACGCGCACAUCGUACCUCACGCCUGUUCGUGAUGAAGAGUCGGAGUCCCAGAGGAAAGCCCGCUCCAGACAGGCUAGACAGUCCAGACGGUCUACCCAGGGUGUGACUCUGACUGACCUCCAAGAGGCAGAGAAGACAAUCGGCAGGAGCCGCCCCACACGGACCCGGGAGGAGGAGAAGGAAGAGAAGGAGAAACAAGACAAGGAGAAGCAAGAGGAGAAGGAGACUGGUGAGACCAAGGAGGACGACUACCGGUCGAGGUACCGCAGCUUCGAAGAGACUUACCAGCGCUACCGUCCCUCCACCACCUCGACCACCUCCACCCUGAGCACGGCCUCCACCCCGUCCUCCACCACCUCCAGCUCCCUCAACAGGCCCAACAGCCUGAGCGGCAUCACUUCCUCCUCCAGCUCCCUCAACAGGCCCAACAGCCUGACCGGCAUCACCUCUUCCUACAGCCGCUCCUCCAGGGACACUGAGAAAGAAUCCGAGGAGAAGGAGGGAGAGGAUAAGUCCCAGCCCCGCUCCAUACGUGAUCGCCGGCGGCCCCGUGAGAAGAGACGCUCCACCGGGGUGUCUUUCUGGACCCAAGAUGGGAGUGAUGACAAUGACCCAGACCAGUCGGCGGACUCAGAGGAAGGCAGCAUCAAGGGUGAACCUCAGAGCGACCGACUUUCCAGGAAUGAGAGCAGCACUUCCUCUUCUGACCGCUAUGACCACCUGGGUAGCCGUGGCUACGGCGAGGGUCGCAGGUCAUUCUCAAGCAGGCUGGACCGAGACGAUAGCACUGACUACAAGAAGCUUUAUGAGCAGAUCCUAGCUGAGAAUGAAAAGCUGAAGUCCCAGUUACGUGACACAGACCUGCAGCUGAAUGACUUGAAGCUACAGCUGGAGAAGGCCACACAGAGGCAGGAGCGCUUUGCUGACCGGUCGCAGCUUGAGAUGGAGAAAAGGGAAAGAAGAGCUCUAGAAAGGAAGAUCUCUGAGAUGGAGGAGGAACUCAAGAACCUCCCAGAGGUAAAGCAGGUUCAGGCCCUGCGUCAGGUCAAGGAGCGGCUGCAGGCAGAGAACAGGGCCCUGGCCCGCGUGGUGGUCAAGCUCUCCCAGUCAGCCUGCAGCCAGCUGCCCCCCUCCGUGGACCUGUAGCCCUGCCCAACCGCUCCUCCUCACCCCCUCACCCUCCCUUCUCAUGCUCCAUUCGUGCUCCGACCUCACCCAUAGACAGGCAGGUCCCCAGCCGCCCAACUACAAGGUUAUCUCCCCCCCCCUGAGACUGACUCCCCCUACCUCCCCUGUCCUCUCUGGUUUUCAUAUUGGGGAGUGUGUUUUGACUGGGCACUUUCCAUUUACAGUACCUAUAGUUCACAGUAUAGUUCAAUGUUAUUUUCAGUCAGGUAAGUAUCAAUUCAGGUGUUAAUUUCCAUAUAAGCAAAUGUACUACUUUAUUGUUAGUGCAGCACCUGAAGUAUACAUUUUGUACUACAUGAUUAGGUCUUUAUGCAGUUGAUUUUACUAGAUAAUUUGAUGUACUGUAAAGGAGAGUGCCCCAUUUUGUUCUUUUCCCCCCAGUGUGCAGUCUUGAAGUCUUUAUCAGGGAGUGCCGUUGUUUCGUUCGGCUUGUUUCUGGCUUUGCAUGACGUGGCUUCCUUUUAGUGUCAAAUGGCGGACAUAUUUUUUUUAAUGGAGGACGGACACUUCCUUUCCCCUCAGUGUCUUUCUCCAGUCCUACCCCCGUUUCAAUUGAGUCUUAUAGAUGACAUCAACCCAGCUUUGAGACCGGGUCACCCCUAUACUGCAGGUUUACACCUGGUCUUAUUUAAUUUCCCAGUGACCUAGACAUAUUAAUUUGGCUCUUGCUCAUGAUUUCAAUUUCCAUUACAUACCGUAAGAAGCUCAGGUUGGUUGAUUGUCAUCUGUAAUAUAAUGCCUUUAUAGUUUUGCAGUGGACAGUGAAGAUUUGCUCUUGAACUCCCAGGAUGUUCAGUUGUUCUCUAUGUGAGUGCUGAAGUGUUUCAAGAGGGACUGGGUAAUCCGCCAUGGUUGCUCUGGCCAAGGCAAUGCUGGACUGCAUGGCUUUAUGAAUCUGCUUAGCCCAGUAUGGUUUUAAUUGAUGUUGAGGGAAUUAUACUUGGAAAUGAUCAUCUGUGACUCAUUGUGAUUAGUUAUUUUCAUUUGUCAAACAUACUGGUUAGUAUUUCGUACGUCUCUCGUAAUAUUACCCACUUAAUCCACAACAAUUUGGCACCACACUGAUGACUAGUUAGUUUCUAUUGCAGACUAAACUCAAACUGUGACCAAGAUGACAGGCAGUGGUGUAGUUAUGUUAGUGAAUAACGUAACUACUGUCAUUGUAUUAAAGCAGAGAUGUAGUAAUGCCAUUUUUCAUAUAGCAGUUUGUUUGGAAAUUUGGUUCAGGGCAGAAAUGGGUAUUGGGUGGGUACUGACUGCGAGAUGGCGUUAGCUUUACGCGGGAUAAGUCUACCUCACAAAGACAAAUAGAAAAACCGAACGAUUGCAGAGGCAUUAUUUGAUGCUGUAACAGUUUGAGUUGUCGCUCAUGCAUUUUUUUUAGCCCUCUAUGCUUCAUACAAAGGAGCACUGUUUGUGCUGCCAGGAUUUGUGCUGUGUAUUUGAAGAGUGUGUUGUAUUCCUGGCUGCCAGUGGAGCCACCUCCUGUUCUGCAUGGCUAUUUAGCAGAGACUUUGGACCGGGGUGUGCUUGCUCCAUUCUCAACGAAGAAAAUAAAGACAUGGGGGGGGGGGGAAUGGUUGAGACUGGCUUGUCAAAGAUGUUGAUGACAUUCUGCAAUUAACAGUUUCUAAAACUGGGCUGACUGGUAAACCUCAACAUGUCUCUAUGGUGACAUGUCUCUAAGCCCGUUUCCCCCUCUCUUUUUUUGUUCUC